AUGACAUAUCUGGCAACCUCAACUGUUCCUAAAACCAGAAUAACUCAGACCUCUAUACCAGAUUAUAACACAGUUGAAUUUCAAACAGAAGCAAUAAAUCAAACAACCACAACCGUGGCUAAAGCUCCAACAACAAUUCUUGCAACAUACAAAACUCAACCACAAAAUUUUACCAAUUUGACUGGUGCAGCUGUAGUCAAAACCAAACUUGUUUUCACAUCUGCAUCAACAGUCCCAAGUGAAGCUCUAGUCCUCAGUGCUAUCAGUACUCUCGGCAACUCAAGAGAGUCACAACUAAAAAAAUCCGUGAAGCUGGAGAAUGUCACCUAUGAGAAAAUCUCAGAAACCUCCUAUGCCAUCAUCUUUACAUUUAAUCUGAGUAAUAUCAGCAUUCCAGAGGACCCAACGCAAAUAAACAGAACGUACCAGAAAGUGCAGGGUGUCAUUAAUAGUGCGCUGAACACUAUUCUGAAUGACCCUGGUAGUCCCGUUUUGGAACCCAAGUCCUCAAACUUCACGAGCUCAUCAAACCAAAUUGAUGGCACUAUGGAAUACACCUUCCAGGAUGGAGAUGUUAUACAACCAGUCAGCUUCCUAUAUGAGCUUAGUUUAUUGAUGGGAUUGACUACUACAACAUCGCCUCUACUAACAACAAAUAUCACUCCUCUGAGCCCUAUAAUCCUUGUAUCUGGUGCAGCAGUGGUGAAAAACAAGCUGCUGUUUAACUCCUCAUCUCCAGUUCCCAGUGAAGCUCUGGUCCUCAGUGCUAUCAGUACUCUCCGGAACUCCAGAGAGUCACAACUAAAUGAAUCAGUGAAGCUGGUGAAUGUCACCUACGAGAAAAUCUCAGAAACCUCCUAUACCAUCAUCUUUACAUUUAAUCUGAGUAAUAUCAGCAUUCCAGAAGACCCAGCACAAAUAAACAGAACGUACCAGAAAGUGCAGGGUGUCAUUAAUAGUGCGCUGAACACUAUUCUGAAUGACCCUGGUAGUCCCGUUUUGGAACCCAAGUCCUCAAACUUCACGAGCUCAUCAAACCAAAUUGAUGGCACUAUGGAAUACACCUUCCAGGAUGGAGAUGUUAUACAACCAGUCAGCUUCCUAUAUGAGUUUCGUUUAAUGAUGGGAUCGACUACUACAACAUCGCCUCUACUAACAACAAAUAGCCCUCCUCUGAGCCCUAUAAUCCUUGUAUCUGGUGCAGCAGUGGUGAAAAACAAGCUGCUGUUUAACUCCUCAUCUCCAGUCCCCAGUGAAGCUCUGGUCCUCAGUGCUAUCAGUACUCUCCGGAACUCCAGAGAGUCACAACUAAAUGAAUCAGUGAAGCUGGUGAAUGUUACCUACGAGAAAAUCUCAGAAACCUCCUAUGCCAUCAUCUUUACAUUUAAUCUGAGUAAUAUCAGCAUUCCAGAAGACCCAGCGCAAAUAAAUAGAAUGUACCAGAAAGUGCAGGGUGUCAUUAAUAAUGCGCUGAACACUAUUCUGAAUGACCCUGGUAGUCCCGUUUUGGAACCCACGUCCUCAAACUUCACGAGCUCAUCAAACCAAAUUGAUGGCACUAUGGAAUACAAAUUCCAGGAUGGAGAUGUUAUACAACCAGUCAGCUUCCUAAAAGAGCUUCGUUUAUUGAUAGGAUCGACUACAACAACAGCGCCUCUACUAACAACAAGUAGCACUCCUCUGAGCCCUAUAAUCCUUGUAUCUGGUGCAGCAGUGGUGAAAAACAAGCUGCUGUUUAACUCCUCAUCUCCAGUUCCCAGUGAAGCUCUGGUCCUCAGUGCUAUCAGUACUCUCCGGAAGUCCAGAGAGUCACAACUAAAUGAAUCAGUGAAGCUUGUGAAUGUUACCUACGAGAAAAUCUCAGAAACCUCCUAUGCCCUCUUCUUUACCUUUAAUCUGAGUAAUAUCAGCAUUCCAGAAGACCCAACGCAAAUAAACAGAACGUACCAGAAAGUGCAGGGUGUCAUUAAUAGUGCGCUGAACACUAUUCUGAAUGACCCUGGUAGUCCCGUUUUGGAACCCAAGUCCUCAAACUUCCUGAGCUCAUCAAACCAAAUUGAUGGCACUAUGGAAUACACCUUCCAGGAUGGAGAUGUUAUACAACCAGUCAGCUUCCUAUAUGAGUUUCGUUUAAUGAUGGGAUCGACUACUACAACAUCGCCUCUACUAACAACAAAUAGCCCUCCUCUGAGCCCUAUAAUCCUUGUAUCUGGUGCAGCAGUGGUGAAAAACAAGCUGCUGUUUAACUCCUCAUCUCCAGUUCCCAGUGAAGCUCUGGUCCUCAGUGCUAUCAGUACUCCGAACUCCAGAGAGUCACAACUAAAUGAAUCAGUGAAGCUGGUGAAUGUUACCUACGAGAAAAUCUCAGAAACCUCCUAUGCCAUCAUCUUUACAUUUAAUCUGAGUAAUAUCAGCAUUCCAGAAGACCCAACGCAAAUAAACAGAACGUACCAGAAAGUGCAGGGUGUCAUUAAUAGUGCGCUGAACACUAUUCUGAAUGACCCUGGUAGUCCCGUUUUGGAACCCAAGUCCUCAAACUUCCUGAGCUCAUCAAACCAAAUUGAUGGCACUAUGGAAUACACCUUCCAGGAUGGAGAUGUUAUACAACCAGUCAGCUUCCUAUAUGAGCUUAGUUUAUUGAUGGGAUCGACUACUACAACAUCGCCUCUACUAACAACAAAUAGCCCUCCUCUGAGCCCUAUAAUCCUUGUAUCUGGUGCAGCAGUGGUGAAAAGCAAGCUGCUGUUUAACUCCUCAUCUCCAGUCCCCAGUGAAGCUCUGGUCCUCAGUGCUAUCAGUACUCUCCGGAACUCCAGAGAGUCACAGCUAAAUGAAUCAGUGAAGCUGGUGAAUGUCACCUAUGAGAAAAUCUCAGAAACCUCCUAUGCCAUCAUCUUUACAUUUAAUCUGAGUAAUAUCAGCAUUCCAGAAGACCCAGCGCUAAUAAGCAACACGUACCAGCAAGUGCAGGGUGUAAUUAAUAAAGCGCUGAACACUAUUCUGAAUGACCCUGGUAGUCCCGUUUUGGAACCCAAGUCCUCAAACUUCACGAGCUCAUCAAACCAAAUUGAUGGCACUAUGGGAUACACCUUCCAGGAUGGAGAUGUUAUACAACCAGUCAGCUUCCUAUAUGAGCUUCGUUUAUUGAUGGAUUCAGGAUCGACUACUACAACAGCGCCUCUACUAACAACAAGUAGCACUCCUCUGAGCCCUAUAAUCCUUGUAUCUGGUGCAGCAGUGGUGAAAAGCAAGCUGCUGUUUAACUCCUCAUCUCCAGUUCCCAGUGAAGCUCUGGUCCUCAGUGCUAUUAGUACUCUCCGGAACUCCAGAGAGUCACAACUAAAUGAAUCAGUGAAGCUGGUGAAUGUCACCUAUGAGAAAAUCUCAGAAACCUCCUAUGCCAUCAUCUUUACAUUUAAUCUGAGUAAUAUCAGCAUUCCAGAGGACCCAGCGCUAAUAAGCAACACGUACCAGCAAGUGCAGGGUGUCAUUAAUAAAGCGCUGAACACUAUUCUGAAUGACCCUGGUAGUCCCGUUUUGGAACCCAAGUCCUCAAACUUCACGAGCUCAUCAAACCAAAUUGAUGGCACUAUGGAAUACACCUUCCAGGAUGGAGAUGUUAUACAACCAGUCAGCUUCCUAUAUGAGCUUAGUUUAUUGAUGGGAUCGACUACUACAACAGUGCCUCUACUAACAACAAGUAGCACUCCUCUGAGCCCUAUAAUCCUUGUAUCUGGUGCAGCAGUGGUGAAAAGCAAGCUGCUGUUUAACUCCUCAUCUCCAGUCCCCAGUGAAGCUCUGGUCCUCAGUGCUAUCAGUACUCCGAACUCCAGAGAGUCACAACUAAAUGAAUCAGUGAAGCUGGUGAAUGUCACCUAUGAGAAAAUCUCAGAAACCUCCUAUGCCAUCAUCUUUACAUUUAAUCUGAGUAAUAUCAGCAUUCCAGAGGACCCAGCGCUAAUAAGCAACACAUACCAGCAAGUGCAGGGUGUCAUUAAUAAAGCACUGAACACUAUUCUGAAUGACCCUGGUAGUCCCGUUUUGGAACCCAAGUCCUCAAACUUCACGAGCUCAUCAAACCAAAUUGAUGGCACUAUGGAAUACACCUUCCAGGAUGGAGAUGUUAUACAACCAGUCAGCUUCCUAUAUGAGCUUAGUUUAUUGAUGGGAUCGACUACUACAACAGUGCCUCUACUAACAACAAGUAGCACUCCUCUGAGCCCUAUAAUCCUUGUAUCUGGUGCAGCAGUGGUGAAAAGCAAGCUGCUGUUUAACUCCUCAUCUCCAGUCCCCAGUGAAGCUCUGGUCCUCAGUGCUAUCAGUACUCCGAACUCCAGAGAGUCACAACUAAAUGAAUCAGUGAAGCUGGUGAAUGUCACCUAUGAGAAAAUCUCAGAAACCUCCUAUGCCAUCAUCUUUACAUUUAAUCUGAGUAAUAUCAGCAUUCCAGAGGACCCAGCGCUAAUAAGCAACACAUACCAGCAAGUGCAGGGUGUCAUUAAUAAAGCACUGAACACUAUUCUGAAUGACCCUGGUAGUCCCGUUUUGGAACCCAAGUCCUCAAACUUCACGAGCUCAUCAAACCAAAUUGAUGGCACUAUGGAAUACACCUUCCAGGAUGGAGAUGUUAUACAACCAGUCAGCUUCCUAUAUGAGCUUAGUUUAUUGAUGGGAUCGACUACUACAACAGCGCCUCUACUAACAACAAGUAGCACUCCUCUGAGCCCUAUAAUCCUUGUAUCUGGUGCAGCAGUGGUGAAAAGCAAGCUGCUGUUUAACUCCUCAUCUCCAGUCCCCAGUGAAGCUCUGGUCCUCAGUGCUAUCAGUACUCUCCGGAACUCCAGAGAGUCACAACUAAAUGAAUCAGUGAAGCUGGUGAAUGUCACCUAUGAGAAAAUCUCAGAAACCUCCUAUGCCAUCAUCUUUACAUUUAAUCUGAGUAAUAUCAGCAUUCCAGAGGACCCAGCGCUAAUAAGCAACACGUACCAGCAAGUGCAGGGUGUCAUUAAUAAAGCGCUGAACACUAUUCUGAAUGACCCUGGUAGUCCCGUUUUGGAACCCAAGUCCUCAAACUUCACGAGCUCAUCAAACCAAAUUGAUGGCACUAUGGAAUACACCUUCCAGGAUGGAGAUGUUAUACAACCAGUCAGCUUCCUAUAUGAGCUUAGUUUAUUGAUGGGAUCGACUACUACAACAGCGCCUCUACUAACAACAAGUAGCACUCCUCUGAGCCCUAUAAUCCUUGUAUCUGGUGCAGCAGUGGUGAAAAGCAAGCUGCUGUUUAACUCCUCAUCUCCAGUCCCCAGUGAAGCUCUGGUCCUCAGUGCUAUCAGUACUCUCCGGAACUCCAGAGAGUCACAACUAAAUGAAUCAGUGAAGCUGGUGAAUGUCACCUAUGAGAAAAUCUCAGAAACCUCCUAUGCCAUCAUCUUUACAUUUAAUCUGAGUAAUAUCAGCAUUCCAGAGGACCCAGCGCUAAUAAGCAACACAUACCAGCAAGUGCAGGGUGUAAUUAAUAAAGCACUGAACACUAUUCUGAAUGACCCUGGUAGUCCCGUUUUGGAACCCAAGUCCUCAAACGUCACGAGCUCAUCAAACCAAAUUGAUGGCACUAUGGAAUACACCUUCCAGGAUGGAGAUGUUAUACAACCAGUCAGCUUCCUAUAUGAGCUUAGUUUAUUGAUGGGAUCGACUACUACAACAGUGCCUCUACUAACAACAAGUAGCACUCCUCUGAGCCCUAUAAUCCUUGUAUCUGGUGCAGCAGUGGUGAAAAGCAAGCUGCUGUUUAACUCCUCAUCUCCAGUUCCCAGUGAAGCUUUGGUCCUCAGUGCUAUCAGUACUCUCCGGAACUCCAGAGAGUCACAACUAAAUGAAUCAGUGAAGCUGGUGAAUGUCACCUAUGAGAAAAUCUCAGAAACCUCCUAUGCCAUCAUCUUUACAUUUAAUCUGAGUAAUAUCAGCAUUCCAGAGGACCCAGCGCUAAUAAGCAACACGUACCAGCAAGUGCAGGGUGUCAUUAAUAAAGCGCUGAACACUAUUCUGAAUGACCCUGGUAGUCCCGUUUUGGAACCCAAGUCCUCAAACGUCACGAGCUCAUCAAACCAAAUUGAUGGCACUAUGGAAUACACCUUCCAGGAUGGAGAUGUUAUACAACCAGUCAGCUUCCUAUAUGAGCUUAGUUUAUUGAUGGGAUCGACUACUACAACAGCGCCUCUACUAACAACAAAUAGCACUCCUCUGAGCCCUAUAAUCCUUGUAUCUGGUGCAGCAGUGGUGAAAAGCAAGCUGCUGUUUAACUCCUCAUCUCCAGUCCCCAGUGAAGCUCUGGUCCUCAGUGCUAUCAGUACUCUCCGGAACUCCAGAGAGUCACAACUAAAUGAAUCAGUGAAGCUGGUGAAUGUUACCUAUGAGAAAAUCUCAGAAUCUUCAUAUUCGGUUAUCCUCAUGUUUAAUCUGAGUAAAAUCAGCAUGUCAGAGGACCCAACACUAAGAAGCGACACCUACCAGCAAUUGCAAGAUAUCACCAAUAAUGCGCUGAACGCUCUUUUGAAUGAGCCUAUCAGUCAGGUUUUCAAACCCAAGUCAUCCAAAUUCACGAGCACAUUAAACCAGAUUGAUGGCAUUAUGGGAUACACCUUCCAGGAUGGAGAUGUUAUACAACCAGUCAGCUUCCUAAAUGAGCUUCGUUUACAGACAGGCCCAACCACAACCAGAACUCCAAUAACAAACACAAAUGCUCCACUGACUUUGAUUGGGAAGGCUAUUAUUUCCAUUCGCCUUGUGUUUAACACACUGGGUCCCAUACCAAGUAAGAGUAAAGUUCUAGAGUUGGCAGACUCUCUACUCGUCUCACGUCUCAGAGCGGUCUCAACAGAAAACACGAGUGUUCCUGUGAGCUUUGUGAAUGUUAUCUUUCAGGGAAUUUCUAAUACCUCCUACGCUCUCAGCUUUGGAUUUGAAAUCAACAAUGUUACAAUGACUGAGAAACUUGAACUCAGAAAUGAAUCCUACACAAUAAUUCAAAACUCUAUUAACAAAUUGCUGAACCAGAUCCUAAGUUCCCCCUCAGCUACUCCGUUUGUGUUCAAUAGAGCCAAUUUCACGGGUAAUUCCACAGUGAUUGAGGCCAAUAUACAGUACGUUUUCUCAGAUAGUGACAUCCAGACACCCAGCAUCUUUCUCCAGGAACUUCUCAAAGUUAAUGUUGUUACCACACCCGCACCUGCUGUAACUUCUCCACCUACAGUGGUUGGGAAGGCGAUUAUUUUCAUUCGCCUCGUGUUCAUCACGCUGGGUCCCAUACCAAGUGAGAGUAAAGUUCUAGAGUUGGCAAACUCUCUACUCGACUCACGUCUCAGAACUAAACGAUCUGUCUCAGAACAAACCCUGAGUGAUCCUGUGAGCUUUGUGAAUGUCACCUUUCAGAGAAUUUCUGACAACUCCUAUGGUCUCAAAUUUGGAUUUGAAAUCAACAAUGUCACCAUGACCGAGAAAAUAGAACUCAGAGAUGACACAUACACAAUAAUUCAAAACUCUAUUAACAAAUUGCUGAACCAGAUCCUAAGUUCCCCCUCAGCUACUCCGUUUGUGUUCAAUCGAGCCAAUUUCACUGGUAAUUCCAGUGUGAUUGAGGCCAAUGUAGAGUAUGUUUUCUCAGAAAGAGACAUCCAGACACCCAGCAUCUUUCUCCAGCAACUCCUCAUAGUUGGUGGUACCACACCCGCACCUACUGUAACUCCCAACACUACAGUCCCCAACAACAGUACUAGUGUAGCAUGGAUUGUGGCUAUAAUCGUCCCUUGUGCUAUCCUCAUUAUACUGAUACCUUGCUGGAUUCUCCUUUGUUGUUUGCUCUGUGGUUGCUGUGCUGCAGUUAGAAGACGUUGGCACAGAAGACAGUCAUACAAUGUACAGUACACCACUCGAAACAGCCUCUUCUAGAGAAUUCAAAGAUAUCUAAUGAGAAAAACAGAAAUGGGCAACACAAUGCAAUAAUAAUAAUAAUAAUAAUAAUAAUAAUAAUAAUAAUAAUUUCAGUUGAUUUUUUUUCCUUUAUUCAUUAAUGCAAAAUUGUGAUUUAUUUGGGGGGAUAUUUAAAUAAUGCCUUUAUGUUAUGUAUUAUGAUGUAUUUACUGUAUUGAAGCUUCUUUUAUAAAUUAUUUAUAUUAUUGUGCCUGUGUUGCUGGACAUACAGGAUCUGCAUACAAAAUAAAUGUGAUUUGUUUCAAGCUUUCUCUGUAGAAUACAUUAUCAUGAUUUUUUUAUUUAUUUAUUUGUAUUUAUUUAUAACUAUGGAUACUAAAAUAUAUAUAAUAGUCAUGUUUUUUACAUGAAACAUGUCAUUAAAGGGACAAAGACAAUAUUUGAAUUACAGUUUUUAUUUAAAAUUCAUGCACUUUAUCUAUAUACUGUACACCUAUAGCAAAUAUAUGUUCUGCGAGUUACAAACAAACAUUUUUAACUGUAAAAAUGUCAAUAAAAAA